AUGGCGAGCGUGACACAGAGGCACAUCCUCACCUACCAAUCCUGUCACCCUCCCAGCCUCCCAGACUGUCACCCUCCCAGCCUCCCAGACUGUCACCCUCCCAGCCUGUCACCCUCCCAGCCUCCCACACUGUCACCCUCCCAGCCUCCCAGACUGUCACCCUCCCAACCCUCCCAGCCUCCCAGACUGUCACCCUCCCAGCCUCCCAGACAGGCACCCUCCCAGCCUCCCAGACUGUCACCCUCCCAGCCUCCCAGACUGUCACCCUCCCAGCCUCCCAGACUGUCACCCUCCCAGCCUCCCAGACUGUCACCCUCCCAACCCUCCCAGACUGUCACCCUCCCAACCCUCCCAGACUGUCACCCUCCCAACCCUCCCAGACUGUCACCCUCCCAGCCUCCCAGACUGUCACCCUCCCAGCCUCCCAGACUGUCACCCUCCCAGCCUACCAAUCCUGUCACCCUCCCAGCCUCCCACACUGUCACCCUCCCAGCCUCCCACACUGUCACCCUCCCAGCCUCCCACACUGUCACCCUCCCAGCCUCCCACACUGUCACCCUCCCAGCCUCCCACACUGUCACCCUCCCAACCCUCCCAGCCUCCCAGACUGUCACCCUCCCAGCCUCCCAGACUGUCACUCUCCCAGCCUCCCAGACUGUCACCCUCCCAACCCUCCCAGCCUCCCAGACUGUCAGCCUCCCAGACUGUCAGCCUCCCAGACUCCCAGACUGUCAGCCUCCCAGCCUUCCCAUCCUCCCAACCCUCCCAGCCUCCCAUCCCUUACAGCCUCCCAACCCUCCCAGCCUCCCAGACUGUCACCCUCCCAGCCUACCAAUCCUGUCACCCUCCCAACCUUCCCAUCCCUCCCAGCUUCCUAGCCUCCCAACCCUUCCAGCCUCCAAACCGUCCCAGCCUCCCAUCCCUUACAGCCUCCCAACCCUCCCAGCCUCCAAACCUUCCCAGCCUUCAAACCCUCCCAGCCUCCCAUCCCUUAGUCUCCCAGCCUCCAAACCCUCCCAGCCUACCAACCUCCCAGCCUACAAACCUGUCUUCAUGUUUAUCUCCAGGAGGAUUACAACCAGUCUCCCAGACUGUCACCCUCCCACACUGUCAGACUGUCACCCUCCCAGCCUCCCAGACUGUCACCCUCCCAGCCUCCCAGACUGUCACCCUCCCAACCCUCCCAGCCUCCCAGACUGUCAGCCUCCCAGACUGUCAGCCUCCCAGACUGUCAGCCUCCCAGCCUCCCAGACUGUCAGCCUCCCAGCCUUCCCAUCCCUCCCAACCCUCCCAGCCUCCCAUCCCUUACAGCCUCCCAACCCUCCCAGCCUCCCAGACUGUCACCCUCCCAGCCUCCCACACUGUCACCCUCCCAGCCUCCCACACUGUCACCCUCCCAGCCUCCCACACUGUCACCCUCCCAACCCUCCCAGCCUCCCAGACUGUCACCCUCCCAGCCUCCCAGACUGUCACCCUCCCAACCCUCCCAGCCUCCCAGACUGUCACCCUCCCAGCCUCCCAGACUGUCACCCUCCCAGCCUCCCAGACUGUCACCCUCCCAGCCUCCCAGACUGUCACCCUCCCAGCCUCCCAGACUGUCACCCUCCCACACUGUCACCCUCCCAGACUGUCACCCUCCCAGCCUCCCAGACUGUCACCCUCCCAGCCUCCCAGACUGUCACCCUCCCAACCCUCCCAGCCUCCCUGACUGUCAGCCUCCCAGACUGUCAGCCUCCCAGACUCCCAGACUGUCAGCCUCCCAGCCUUCCCAUCCCUCCCAACCCUCCCAGCCUCCCAUCCCUUACAGCCUCCCAACCCUCCCAGCCUCCCAGACUGUCACCCUCCCAGCCUACCAAUCCUGUCACCCUCCCAACCUUCCCAUCCCUCCCAGCUUCCUAG